UUGAUGAUCUCGAGUUCCCUUGCGUUUUGGGUCUCCUCGAGAGUUGGAGUUCGAUGCCCAUUGUUAUGUGGAGUUUAAUUGCGAUCUGGAGUUCGUAGAGUUCGAGUUCUCUUCUUCGUUGAUCGCGAGUUCGUGCGAAGACCUGUCCUACGAGAGUCUCGACGACGGAUCGAGCGGCUUCGACGAUGGAGACGGCGACGGCGACGGGGACUCCUCCUUGUGCAGGUCUAAUGGCCGAGAACAAAGUUUAUGUCACUGUUUUCUUUGGAGGUAAGUUUCAAGUUGGAUCGCCAUUGGAAUACGUAGGUGGAAGGGUUGAUGUUAUCGAAAUAGGCUUAAAUAAUGGUUCAUUGUCCAAUAUAAUUGAAGCUAUUGAGGCUUUGAGUGUGCGUGAAAUAGAGAAACUCUUUUACAGAGUUCCUGGAAGUACAACUCUUAAAGACGGGCUAACUUUUAGGUAUUUAUGGGAUAACUCUGAUGUGAUAGAUCUAUUUUAUCAUCAUCUGCGUUUUGAAAAUAUUGACCUAUAUGUUGAGCAUGUUGAUGAUGAAGAGAUGAAAACUGAAAUGGAAAUUGGAGGUCUGUAUAAUGUGAUUGGGAAUAUUGAUGAUGACGAGAAUUAGCUUGAGGUUGCUAAUAGGGAUCUAGAUGAGGGGGAGGAUGAUGAUGCAUGUAAUUUAGUGGAUGUGGAACAAUUGAGUGACGGUGAUGGUUUUGAACUGGCUGAUGCAAGGGAGAAAAUUAAAGGAAUUU